AUUUCAUAUUGACUACAAGCUCACAUAACUCUGAAAAUGAUUUUACAAAUCCUUGCUGUAAGCUGUUUAGCUGUCUUCGUUCAUGCACAAAUUGAUGUUCAGUCAUGUACCAGUUACACCGCAGCUGCAGAUAAAUGCAAUGCUGAUUACUCAAUUACUGGAGGCAUGUCUUUAACUUGGGGAAGUGUUUUAGGAUUCUAUAGCUUACCAGGAAAUGUUUAUUGCAAUGCUACAAACAAGGAGAAUUUCAUGAAGCUUGCUAAAUGUAUACAGGAAGCUUACAUUGCUUGCGCCAAAAAUGACUUUCAUAAGUUUGUUGCGUCGGCUGAUGGAAUAAAAGACGGCGUAGAAUAUUACUGUAAUAACUAUGCAGAUUUUGAUGUCAGCUGUAUAAGUGAGCUUGGUUCAUGUGCAAGCGAUAAAGCUCCGGCCAAUCGAACUAUCCCAACCAUGACUGAUGGAUUUGAUAAGAACAAGGAAUAUUAUUGUGGAUUUGGCAUACUGGUAAACGGUCAGUUUGUUAAGCUUGAUACCAGUUCAUGUAAAAACUUUAAUGAUACGAUCAAUAACUGUGUCACAAAUUAUUCCGUAAUCGGUAUACCACGACAAGAUGCUAGAACUGUACAACAAUUUUUUAGUUCCAUUGAACCAUCUGUUUACUGCAGCUCAGAGAACAAUGCGAAUUUUAAGAGUCUUUUAAGUUGUAUAGUAACAGCUUAUAGAACAUGUGCAGGUGGUAAAUUUCAAACUCUGCUUGCUACUGGUGAAUCUUAUAAACAGGCUAUUGAUGAGGUCUGUCGUAGAAAAGAUGGUUUUAAUGUAACGUGUACGUAUAAUUCCAAUUCCUGUGCUCGUACUAAUAUUGAACGGAAAGGUUUGACUCAACCAGAGACUUAUACUCCAUUCUCAGAUCAAAAGACUGUUUACUGCGGAUUCCGAUUGGAUAUUUUGAUUUUUGUUUUAAUGGUGAGUAAUUUUUCGUUAAACUUUUUAAAAAUGGCAGCUUAUUCCAAUGAAUUAAAAGCUAGAUAA